AUGUAAAGAGCAUAAUCAGCAGCACCUAAUUUUGGUAUCUUAAGUAAAUAAACUAGACUUUCCUAUGGAGGAUAUGUUUAAAAUAGCAACUAGACAAACUUCAGCUUUUGGUAUUGAAGGAUAUGAAGCUCCAAAAAAGUACGUUGAUCCAAUUAAAUAAAUGGAAGAAAGAAAAUUUUUAACCCAAAAAAAGGGUAAUGUAUAUUGUUGAAGAUUUAGGUUAAAAAAAUAGAAAUCAUGUCACAAAAAGAGGUCAUUAUUUAGAAGAUUUGAAAAAAUUAUAUGAGAAGUUACCUGCACCAAAUAAAUAUGAUAUUGUUAAGCCAUGGGUUCCAUUAAAAUAAGAAGGAAGAGUAAAGAGUGCUCCAUAGAAAAGGUAUAUUUUGAAAAUGUAUUUUUAAAUAGAUGCACAUUUAUAGACUAAAUAUUCAAAGAAGCAAAAGUAAGAGGAAUUCCUGGAGCUGGUAAAUAUAAUGUGAUACCUACUCUUGAGGAUGUUUUAAAAUAAGUUGAAGAAGGAAAAAAGAAAAAAAUAGCGUAUUUGUUCUAUUGUUAUUAAAUAGACCAGUUGAAAGACCAACUUACUUAAAUGAAAUUUAACAUUUAGCUGUAAUAAAUCCAGGUCCUGGAAAUUAUAAUCCUCAUGUAAUUAUUACUGUGACAUUUUUAUAGAGAAUUGAGAAAAAACUAAAAAUUAAUGAAACUAAACCAGCUGAUUAAAUUGUAAAACACAAAGAAUAAGAAAGAAAGAGAGGCAAAUCAUGUUUGCCAGAUAUUGGUACUUAUAAUCCAGAGCCUGUUGAAUUUAUGUCCUUUAAUAAAUUACAAUAACUAUCAAAAAAGAAAGACAAGUCUGAUAAACAUGUAAAUAUUAUCAAAUAUAUAAUUAGAAUUUUGGAAGAGAAGAUAGAUUUAAGGAUCCUAAAAAAAGUAAAUCCAAAUAAGUUCCUGUACCAGGUCCUGGAUAAUAUCCUAUGAUUGUAUAAUGGGCUGGAAAAGAGAAAGAUAAAAACAAUCCAAAAUAAAAGAAUUAUUUAGAUGUUACUACAAGAGGCAUUUCUCGUUCAAUAUAUUAUUGA